AUGGAUUCGAGCCACGUGGCGUUGGUGGCUCUGUUGCUCAGAUCGGAAGGGUUCGAGCACUAUCGCUGCGAUAGGAACCUAUCAAUGGGGAUGAAUCUGGGUAACAUGUCCAAGAUGCUAAAAUGUGCCGCUAAUGAUGACAUCAUCACUAUCAGGGCUGAUGACGGUAGCGAUACUGUUACUUUCAUGUUCGAGAACCCAAAUGCUGAGUACCAAGCUAUUGUUAGGAUGCCUUCAUCUGAAUUUGCAAAGAUUUGUAAAGAUCUUGCUAGCCUUGGUGAUACUGUUGUUAUCUCUGUAACCAAAGAAGGUGUUAAGUUUUCCACAGCUGGUGAUAUUGGGACUGCAAAUAUUGUUCUCAGGCAAAAUACCGCUGUAGAUAAAGUAUGUCCUUUGUCCUGUCAUGUUAUUGUUUCCAGAAGAAGCUACAUCAUAGAGAUAAACAAUCCGGUAUCGAUGACGUUUGCAUUGAGGUACAUGAAUUCAUUUACAAAGGCUACCCCGUUGUCGAAUACAGUGUCGAUCAGCUUGUCUUCAGAACUGCCUGUUGUGGUUGAGUACAAGAUAGCUGAGAUGGGUUAUAUCAGGUUUUUCUUGGCUCCCAAGAUUGAAGAUGAAAUGGAUGGAUGA